AUGAUCAAAAAUAUUUUUAGUGAAUAUUUGAAAUCUUACGAUAAUAAAGAUUUAAAAAAUGAAGAAGUAAAUAAGUUAAGCAAAAAUUACUCGGAUGACUAUACUUCAGAUUGGAGAUGGUUGAGUAUAAAGUGUGAAAGAUUAAUCGAAAAUGAAUUAUUUAAAAAAUCUAAUAAAGAAAAUGAAACAAAGGAAUAUAAAAAUUUAAUAAAAGCAAAUGAAAAUAUGACAAAUUUUAAAUCAUUCUUCCCCAAAAUUUUAUUAAAUUUGUAUAGUAAAUGUGAUAAUCCUAGUAAAUUUUUUUCUAAUCUAGUUAUUCAAAAUUUUAAUGCAGUAGUGUUUUUUUGCGAUGCAAGUGGAUUUUCAAAUUUAGCAGAGCAGUUAGACAAAAGAAUAAAUGGAACAGAACUAUUAGGAAACUGUUUAAAUAAAUUUUUUAAUAUUUUGAUUAAAAUAAUAGAUUACUGGGGAGGUGAUAUCGUAAAGUUUAGUGGAGAUGCAGUCAUGGUAAUAUGGCCUAUAAACAAAAGUAAAAACAUAAAAAAUAAAAAAAAUGAUAUAAAAAAAAAUCCUAUUCAUACGAAUGUAAUAAAAGAAAUGAAUGAAAGUAAAGAAAAAUGUUAUAAAAAAAUUGAAGAAAAUAAAAGUUGUUAUAAUGAAAAUGUAAAAAAAAUAUGCUUAUUAGCUUUGGGUUGUUGUAUAGACAUUCAUAAAUUAUUAAAUAAAUUCCCAACACCAAUUGAAAAUAAAUUUUUAAAAGUUCAUAUAGCUAUAACAUAUGGUGAAGUUAGCUUUUUACAAAUUGGAAAUGUAUUGAAUAAAAGAGAUUAUUUAUUAUCUGGAAAACCAUUAGAAGAAAUAGGUGUAGGUGAAGCAUUAGCUAAAAAUGGAGAAAGUGUUUUAUCUACUUCCUUUUAUGAAAAUGUAAAAGAGAAAAUAAUAGUACAAGAAACUCCAAAGAAAAAUUUCUACUUAUUUAUAAAAUUGAAAGAAGAUAUAAAUAUGAGAGAAUUAAAAGAGGAAUACGAAGAUCAAGAAGAUAAUAUAAUAUAUGAUAAUUUCGAUAUAUUACUGAAAAGUUUUAUACCAGAUAUUGUUUACAGAAAGCUAUCUAUUGGAUGUAAUGUGUUUUUUAACGAAAUAAGAAAAGUUACCAUUAUUUUUGUUUCGGUAAAAGAUAUAGAUACUUCUAAUAUGAUAGGGGUUCACUCUGCACAUAGUAUCAUGAAAUUAACACAGAAAGCGGUUUUUACUAUGGAAGGGACUAUUAAUAAAUUUAUUUUUGAUGAUAAAGGGAUUUUAAUUUUAAUUAUGUUUGGUUUACCACCAUUAUAUCACAGUGAUGAUUCUAUAAGAGCUUUAUUAACUUGUUUUAGAUUAAUAGAUGCACUAAAAUCAUUAAAGUUAAACGGAAGUAUUGGAAUUUCUACUGGUAGAAUUUGGUGUGGUAUAGUAGGAAAUAAAAUUAGAAAGGAAUACACAGCUCUUGGUGAUUCUGUUAACGUUGCUGCUAGAUUAUGUUGCAAAGCUGGUAACAAAGAAAUUUAUGUAGAUGAAAAUACUUAUAAUAAUUGUAAGCAUUUUAUAUCAUUUCAAAAACUUAUUUCUAUAAAAGUUAAAGGAAAAGAUAAACUUAUAAAAAUAUAUUCCCCAAUAGGAACUAUUAAUAAAAAAUUAAUCAAUUUUGUUUAUAAUAACUCAUCUGAUUCAGAUUAUUUUACUGAUGAAGAAUUACUAGCCAAUAAUGAAAAUACAAAUCAUAUCGAAAGUUCAACUGAGAAGCCUCCAUCUAUGCAAAAUGUAGAUAAUAAAACAAAAGUACAAAAUGUAAAUAAACAUGAUGACUAUACUUUGAAACAAGACUAUGAAGAAGUUACUGAUUUUUCGUUUUUAAAAAAAAAUUUUUUAUUAAUUUAUUAUAAAGAUAUGUUUCAAGAGAAAAUAGAGCAUUUAUUUAAUAAAAAGGAUUGUCUCUAUUAUUUAAGAAAAUAUCAAAAUCAAAAUAAUUUUUUGUUUAAAAAAUUUCAUAACAAAAAUGAAUCCUGUGAAUCUAAUUUCAAGGAAGAAAAUACUCUCAAAGAAAACAGUUAUGAUAAUGAUUUAUUUUAUAACAUUAUUUAUAAUAUUUCUCCAUGUAGUCAAAUGAAAUCUUUGCAUAUUGAUUAUAAUAGUUACACAGGUCCUUUGUUUUUACAUGAAUAUUACGAUCCUCUCUUUUUUGAUUUUAAUCAAAUUUAUCAUAUUGGGGGGGUUCUCUUCAUAGAGGGAAAUGAGCAUUUAGGAAUAUUUGAGCUAAUGAAAUUAAUGGCAAAAAAUUUAAAUAACUUUAAAAUAUUUAAUAUAAGUAAUAUGCCAAAUUCAUUAUAUAUUAAUAUUACUAAUCCAUUAUUACCUUGGAAAAUUUUAUGCAAUGAAAUUCUAAAUAUGUGGAAAUUAUGUGAUAUGAGAAAAAAAAAUAUUCUUUAUACAAAAAAUGAUAACUUUAAUAUUUUAAGAGAAUUAACACAUCCAUCUUAUCAUUGGUUUUUUAAAUGUAUGGUUAAUAUUAUUGAUGAUUUAAUUGUUCCUCCAAUUAAUUUAAAGAAAAAAAAAACAGUCGAAAUAAGACAAAAAGGAGAAAAAGUUGACACACAAAUAGAGAGUUAUAAGGAUACAAAUACAUAUAAUGAUACAGAUAUAGUAACAGUAACAAAAAUGAAAAAAGAAUGUAAAAAGAAAAAGGAAAAAAUGGAAACUAGCAAUAAGGUAAAAAAAUACAAAAAUAAAAAAAAUUCUCAUUUUUGUAAAAAUAUUUCAAUUAUAUUAAGAUAUUUGUUUUAUAAUUCUAAAAAAGAAAUUAAAAAUAAUGAAGAAAAAUCAAAAGAAAAAAAAAUUAAAAAAUACGAUAAAAUAAAUAACAAUUCUUUAGAAAAUAUAGAGAAUAGGAAACCUAGUAAUUUGGAUGAUAACUUUGAAAAAAAAUGGAAAGAAGAAAAAAAUUAUUCACAUAAAAGAAACAGUACAAUCCUAAAUUAUAAUCAAAAAACUAUAACUGAUAGUAAUUUUAAUUGCAAAAAUAAAGAAAAUAUAAGUAGCUCAACCAAAAAAAGUAAUUUAAAUGAAGAAAAAAAAAAAGUAAAAAAAGAAUGUGGAGAAAUAAGUUCGUCUUUACAAAAUAACUUUAAUAAUUAUAAUAAUAUGAAUAAUAAUUUUAAAAACAAACAAAAAGAAUAUAAAAUAGGAAUUAUCAGUUCAAUGGUAUAUUAUUUUAGUUUACAUGAAAACACUUUUAUUAUUUUCAAUUAUAGAGCUGGAACUUCUUUAAAUACAAAUGUUGAGAAAAACACAUGGAAAAUCUGCAAAAAUAUUGCUAAAUUAGCUAUGUUUAAAAGAAAAAAAAUAUUAAAAAAUUUACAAAAUAAUUUAAAAAACUGGAGAAAAAAUCAUUGCAGAAAAUGUGACUUUUGCAAAGGUAUUUUUAAUAUAAAUACAGAAAAUGAUAAUAAUAGUAUUUAUGAAAACACUGUUAAUUUGAAAAUCGAUAGCGACAAUUUUAAGGGAAAUCAUUCUUCUUUAAAAACGCAUAUUAAUGAUUAUGAUGAAAGUAAUUUAUCUUUGAGAACUCAAAGAUAUGAGAUUUACGAAAACCGUUUGUCCUUUCGAACUCAGAAAAAUGAGAUUUAUGAAGACGAUCUUUCUCUUAAUACACAAAAGGAAAUUUUAGGAAAUACAGUAUUCUUAAAAAAGCAAAGCAAUGAAAUUUUCGAAAAUAAUUUUUCUUUAAAAACAGAAAACAAUAAAAUUAAUGAAAUAGCAUUUUUAACAAAAGAAGAUUAUAAUGAUUUAAAAAACGAAAAAAAUAUAACGUUACUUAAUAAAAAUGAUUUUAACCUUGAAAAUUAUAAGAAUGGAGAAAUUUUUGAAAAAAAAAAUUCUAUUAAAAAAUCAAUAAAUGAUCAAAAUAAAAGCAUUUUUCAAAUGUUUAGAGAAGAAAAAAGUAUUAAUGAACGUAAAGCUUCUAAAAUAUUUUAUAAAACAUUAUAUCCUAAGAUAAAUGAUAAUAUAUUAUUAUAUAUAGCUGAACAAAAAAUGAAAGAAGAAUCAAAUAUUAGAAAAUAUAAAAACAUCAUAGAUGACGAAUGUAAUAACAAAAGUUUUCAAAAUGCACAAACUAAAAAAUCACUUUUAUGUAAUCCUUUUUUCAAGCAUAAGCAUAAACCACUUAUAUUCUUAUUUGUAAAUGGAGUAAAGGGUAACAAUAUUAAAGAAUUAAGUAAAAUAAAAAGAUAUGCAGAAGAAUGUGAUGGUUAUAUAAAAUUAGAAAAUUUAAAUAAGGAUGAAUUAUAUAAUUUUGUAAGUUUAUGUUUAAAUAUUCAUAAAAAGGAAAUAGGUAGUGAAUUAAUUGAAUAUCUUCAUAAAAUAUGUUUUGGUAUACCCAAAUUUGUUCAAUACACCUUAUACUAUUUACUUAAUAAUAAUUAUAUUAAAAUGUAUAAAUAUUUAUAUAAUAAUAAUGAAGAAGAAAAAAAAAAAAAAAAAGUAAAUAUAAAUAAAGAGGAAGAAAAUAACUUAGUGAAAUCAAAACUAAGCAAUAAUAUAUCUACCUUAAAACCAGACAAACUUAAUAAUUACUAUGAUGAAAUGAGAAACAAGAUAGGAAAUAAUUUAAAUAAUAAUGAUGAUAAUAAUAAUAUUUCAUAUAAAUAUAUUAACAAAAAAAGCGAACAAACGAUUUUAAUACAAAAUGAAUUCAUGAAUUUUCAAAAUUUUAAACCAAUUAAUAAAUCUUUUACUUGUAAAAAUUUUGAUGAAAAAUAUGAAAUAUUAGAAGAUCAAGAAAAAAAAUAUAAAUAUGAAGUACAAGUAGUUAAAGAUUUAAAUACAGCUCCAUUAAUUCCUCGAUUAACAGCAUAUUGCAUGUCUUUAAUUGAUAGUUUAAAUCAGGAAGAACAAUUAUUGGCAAAAAUUUGUUCUUUUUUUAAUGAAAAAUUUAAUAUUAAAAAAAUGGAAUAUAUAUAUCCAAAGUAUAUUUCAAGAUCUGAACUAAAAAAGAUAAUUGUAAACUUAGUUAAAAAAAAUGUAUUUUGUGUUUAUGAAGAGAAAAGAAAUAAAACAAAUAAUUUAUCUAAAGAUAAUGUGAAUUCUAUUCAUAAUAUCAAUUUUAUUUAUCGUGAUAUAUAUAAUAAAAUGAGUAAUUUUUAUGAGAAGAAAAAUAAAAUUCAUCCAAUAUUUAAUAGACACUCAAAAAUAUCAGAUAAUGAAAUAUUUUUUUAUAUAAAAAAUUUUUCAUUAAAAAAGGUUCUAAAUGACUUACUCGAAACUGAAGAAAAAAUGUAUAUAAAAAAAAUUUACAAAAAAUAUAUAGAAGAUUAA